UUAUAUUAUAAAUUACACGUUUUAUUGUGACGUGUUUUUGACAAGAAACUUGUAAUUACAAAGAGCAGCAGUAUUCGUUUGCUAUGAAAACAUCGUCAUCAAUGAUACUUUUGAAGUUGGAAGUCGCAUUUAUCGUCGGUUAUCUUUGUAGCUCGUAUACAGACAGUGUAACUACAACUCGAACGAUACAACAAUUGCACCCAGGAUUGUUUUUCAGUAAUAGACCAGCAUUGAAUGACCAACUUGGCCAGGCAAUUGACUCUGGUUCAGUUACACUGAGUUGCGUUGGAGGUAGCCGUGGCAACAACAGAGUGUAUUUUAAAUGGUAUAAAGAUGGCCAACUUUUGCAAGCAGACAGGUCACCUAUAGUGGCAACCAUGCAAGGAGAUUUGAACAUCAACCCAUCAGACUACAGUCGUGAUAAUGGCCAAUAUCAAUGCCUGAUUACUGACAACACAUUUUCUCUGCUAUCAAAUAUGGCUGAGUUACAGCUUGUAUAUGUAAGCGGUUUCAAGAAAACAGGCGUUACAAGACUGGGUACACAAUAUGAAGGAUGGAAAUACGUGUUCACCGAUUAUACUCAUUCCAUAUAUCCAAAACCACGGUUUAUAUUGAAAUUCAAUAACGAAGCAAUUGCUGAGAAUGAACGGAUAAGCGUGUCAGAAAAAGGCGACAUAUAUAUUGCUAUGUUGAGCCCUAGUGAUGCAGGGGAGUAUACGGUGGAAAUGCAACUGGGCUCCUUAACACAAUCUAGGGAAACAAUUACUUUGCAAGUGUCAGCCAACAGUGGUGCAGGCAACAUCUAUGGGUCAGCGAUGUUGGGUCCAAGAAGUCAGACAAUUGGAUUGCAAAGAGAAAGCGAAGCUACAUUUGAAUGUUUUGUUACGGGAAAUCCAAUGCCCGUGAUCACGUGGAAGAAAGGAGAUCGCCGUUUGGUAAAAGUCCGAAAUAUGUAAUUUCCGAUCACAACAAAAGGCUCACGAUUAAGAACUUAAAUAAACAUGAUAGUGGAAUAUAUCAA